CGACGCUACGGGAACAUGCUGCAUAAGUCUACGGUUCACAGUGGCGAACGUGUAGCCCUAUUGGAUAGGGGAAUACAAAAUGGUGCCGUCCUUCAUCACGGCGUGUGUCCACGUUCAACCAUAGCGCCUACAAUCCCUUCUCCUUGUGUGCUUGCUACUCCACAACGCACUGCGCAACUAAAUGCCGAACGUUCUGAACUUGAAUCUGUGAUGGGACUGGAAUACCAUGCUAGUUAUUUUGACACCAUUGGUCAACUUGAGCCCAAACAGCUAGUUGCGGUUGCUUCCUUGCUAUGUACUGAUUUGUACAUGCCUGCAGUCGCCCUGUGUUUGCAGCGAGACGGUGACUUUCCAACUCGAGAUUUUCCUCUAUCAAGUAUCAGAUUAUUUCGAGUGCACAUGGUACAUAGCUGUGACCUCGCUCAGUUCUGCUUACAAGAUCAGCCGCAGUUCGUUGAACAUCAACUUAUCAGUUCAUGCGCCGUAGAGCGAGGACACAAACUGGUAAGCGGGGCGCUGGAAACAGUUUAUUGGGGACUGAGCGGAACUGAGGAAAUCAAAUCAGCAUAUUUGGGUAAACACACUUCGACGCAGCAAACUUUUUCCACUAACCACUUUCUCGAAAGGAAACCAAGGAAUUGUGCGGUCUCCCUUUCUCUCAUGUCCAACAUUCAUGGAGAAGAUAGGCCAGACUUCCGGAAACGCCUAAUACAAACCCAUUUCAUCCGAGAUCCUGACGUGCGCAUAAUGGGUUUGAUAGAACAAGUCAACUGGAUCAGUGUUAGUACCAAGAAUCCAUUGCGACGGCUGCAUAGAGCCAAACGUCGUCACAUUUCAAUGCCCCUCCAUCAUUAUAUCGGUCUACAUGCGCAGUCAAGGCCUGGGAGUUCGGUGGUCUUAAAAUAUCCCAACCGAACUCGGCUGCAGCUUGCCAGGGCCAACUUAUGUGGAUCAAGUAAUAAUGCCCUAUCUAUUCAAUCCACUCCGUUUCUACCGAGAUUCCACAGAGUUGAGUAUCGACAGCAACGUCCCAUGGCCAUAGUACCAUCCUCAAUUGCAUACCAGAGAAACAUUUUGAAAUCCACUACAUUGAAACAUUAUUGUACAGACACUUUGACACAUUUCUCUCCUGCAUUUCUAAACAAUUGUAACCAUGUUUUGCACACAGGAACUAACUCCAACUGCUCACGUUCUCUGUGUGUUUGGAGUAACCCUUGUUGUUGCGGAUCGGCUAAAACGAAAACUACUCGCACCCAAAAGGCACUUAACAAAAGCGACCGUUGGUGGGCAUGUUUGAGUAAGCGGAAAACAGCUUGUUGUUGUUCGCACGUCAACUGGACCAACAGUGUGAGCAGGAUCGGGUACGAGGCGUGUCAUACUAACUGUCUUCGUGGAGUUCGCAGAAGAAAGCGGCACAGGUCUCGCAUAUGUCCCUGUUUGUUGAAAGCGAGGAAACAUUGUCCUUGGCUGUUGAGUGAGCCGCAAAUGGUUGUUUUGGAUCUACCUUUAUACAUUGAGCUUACACCGGCAUGCACGUGCUGGUGUAAAAGUGAACAGGACUUUAUGGGUCCCGAUACAUUAGCAGCGAGCGAAACGCCAGUUCUCCCAGAUGGGCCUGCAGAAAAUAACUCUUCCGUGUUUCGACCUCCAUACUUUGUCCCUAGAGGAUCGAGCGAGCCGGCAGCUUACAUUAAGACAGAAGGAUUUACUGCUGAGCGAGAUCACUUUGGCAGCCGUUCUCAAGCAGGUACAUCAGGUAUUCUAGAAUCACGACGUGUCGAAACCGAAAUACCAACUACAUUGAAGACUGGCAAUAUUGAGUACCAUUCCAUUUUCAUGCGACCAAGGCGAAACAUUUCACCCUACGCUCUCACAAGGCGAAACAUGUGUCGUUCAGGAAUGUGUGCCUCUUACACAAACGUUCCGUGCAUAACGAAUAAUGGCUAUAGCUGCUUUGAUGAUUUAGCGAACACCAGUCGAAUUGGUAAGGUAGUGACAUUGUUGACCUCUUGGAAGUUUAGAGGAGAGAUACCUGGCCCUACGUGUUGGGCAAACAUCGACAAAGACAAUGAUCCUGAGGUUUCCUCUUCCAGUUGCUCAAGCGCCUCUAAGAUGGAAUCUAACUACUUUCCUUUUCUUAUGCCAGCCUACUGGGCAAAUACAGGCAAAGUAGCACAUACUUAUGAUGAAUUGGAAGGAAGCUACAUCGUGCCAACCAAGGCUACAUCUAGACGACAUACGGAAGGGAUAUUUUUGGCCGUAUCUUCUACUGCAAAAAUGAGUGGCAUUUCACAAUUGAAGGUGGCACGGACGCAACAUCGCCUUCUAUUACACAGCUUACACCACUCUGUGGAAUGGUGCAAAGGUCCUUAUGAAAUUCAGGAAGAAAUCACUCCAUCCUACUUUAUCCAUGUUGCUACCUCGGAGUCAUUCUUGACUGAGGUAACACAACCAAGCGUUUUGGAACCAGGUGUGGAUAUGAAAUCUUCGGUUCAGUACCACCGUAUGGCGAAACAUGCCGGCCUCAGUUCAAAAAUUCGUUCUGUUUCUUGUUGGCAAACUGAUCAUUUUACACUUCAUCAGUCACUCACCUCUACUAUUCAAAGACCUUCGAAAAGGAAUUUCUCAGUAACGUCUACUAAAAUAGAGAUAACACCUUCAAUUUCCGUUAAUACCUACAAGCCCCUCUGUGGGGAAGUUCUUUCGAACCAAGCACGCUCGACAUCGCCACUCAGGACGCAAUCACCCCUUCACAGCCGAGCUUCACAACUUAAUCAGAUCUCAGCACGUAGGUGCAUGUGCUCAUUCGGCUCCUCUUGCAAAGCUGGAUUCUCAACGAACGAUUCACAUCCAACUAGUCCCGAAGUAGGCACUGAGUUGUCAUCUCCCACCACCAUAACGGAAGUUGAUGACGAUGGCUGGUCGCUAACAGGAGAUCCUCUCCAUGAGGGUGAAUGUUCAGAGAAAAAAUUUGAAUUAAUACCUAUCACAGCUUCAUCAGUUGAUGACUUUUGGUCAGGUUAUCUUGCAGAGAGCUUCGGUACUCCAACCACAUCUCUCACCGGUGCAUGCGUUCAUUCCAACUCAUACAUACAUGAAUGCGCACCGGAGGUCACGUGCACCGUCUCUUCGGGGAUGGAUUCCGUCCCCAGCAGGCCGACAACAGGGACAUCUACGAUUCCUGCCUUCAGCAAUGUGUAUCGACCCACGGAUGGUCUACCAGUAUUCCAGAUGGCGUAUGGUGGCGAAUUACGUCUAUUUGGAACAAAUUACUCCACACCAUCCCCUUCUUUGGUCAGCGAUGUGUCUCUCACCUGUUUCUCGGCUACUUCUCUACCCCUGAGCACACCCGCUGCAUGUUUGACGAAGACCAGUAAGCAUAUCAUCCCACCAGGAGGUAUCAUUCCGUCACCACCGCUCAUUAGUAUGAAUGAAUGUGAAGUACUGGUUACUGUGGAUGCGAGUGGAUAUCUUGGUAACCAGCCACCCUUAACUGGCUCGCAAUGUGGACCGGCUGCUAUGUCCCCGGACCUGGCUUUGGCCGGGUUAAAGGUGGAGCAAAGUAACGAGAAGCGAUUAGCGGGCCCGGAGUUGAAGAUGCGGAUGAAGAACAGUCAGAGGCUACCACCUGCGGAUCAGCCCUUUGAUGCACAUGUUGGAAUGGUUAGCGACUCUGCACGUGCGGACCAAGGAGGAUGCAAUCUAUGCACCUGUGAGGAGUCCAGAACUUUCAACGUGCAGGUAGACGCCCCGUUAUUUUUACUGGUUGGCACGAACAAUUCCAACAGCGAGACAGUUGAAGACGAUGUGUGGAAUGUUCAACUCGCCUCAUCUAUCCUUGCUACUUCUCUGGACACCGACUUCGAUUUGGAGAGUUUUCAGUCAACUAUUACAGGAGAUACAAAUUCGAUGGGGACUUUACACCAUUUGACAAAAGGUACAAAUCGAUACGGUAAUAUUUGCGAGCCGCACGUUGUGAUGGCAAACUGUGAAACUAGCCCUCCGAGUGGCGGACCUCUAUUUCGAACAAAAACGAAGGUAAGCAACUACGUGACAAAUUCAGUUUUGCUAGAUGAAUCAAGCUGUUCCAUCAGAUUUCAUGACUUUGAACUACUCAAUUCCCGUGCGCAUGAAUGUGUUGCCUCCAUUUGCCAGAUAAGAACGAAAUCCGUUCCGUGCAUGCACAACAAUCUAUGCCAAUUAUCAGCGGCUGUUCGAGCAUCCUCUGCUUACCCAACUAUGGUUUCAGCCGAGUGGCCGAGAAAUAAUGAGGCCGGGGACACAGAAAUGGCUGCCUGCAAUACAGAUGCUGAUUGCAGUUCACCUGAGACCGAAUACAUAUCAUGCGAAAGCCUCACGGAACAGACGAUUUUGGUGGGAACGUACCAUUCAACUGUUGAUCCCCAGAAGUUAUUCCAACAGAUUGAGCCGCAGACUGUGAGAAUAGCCGAGGUAACUGUGGGAAAAGUGGCUGAAUGGAAUUGGCUACAUGAUAGCGCAGAUCCUUUACCUUGUUUCUCCAGAUCGGAUACAUUAGACGCUAUUUCGAUUGACGUACCGGAGACGACUGAUCAUCGUACAAGUGUGCUUCUGACUUACGUUUCGCUCACACACUCGGUGCAAGCUGCGUCUUGUUUUCUGACGGAGUCCCCUGCCCUCUUAGUGACUAGGAUACCGCUGACUGGACAUUUGUUGCUAAUCACCUGUGCGCCACUGAAUCCGAUUAUACGUCCAUUUCCCAGUUUUUGCACUACACAAAGACAUCGUGUAGUUAUUUCAAAUUGUUUCCAGGACAAUCAAAAUUUCUGCGCUACCCUACUUGAACCUAACCAUGCUUGCGAGCGCACUAGCGGGCUUUAUGUCAGUUUACAGAAGUCGAACUACGUUUCUUCUCCAGCAGGUCGGGCGUUAAUAUACAUUCCACCAGCAUACCUUAUCGUGGCUACAUGCAUAGAGCACAUUCAACCGGAUCAAGUUAGAUCCGUUGCUUUUGGUGAAGAAUUGAGGUGCACAGUUCAGGAUUUCCAUAACCCUUAUCCUCAAAUUGGGUAUCGACUCCAACCGAAUUUCGGCAUCAGCACUACUGUUAUCCGGAUGGCAUUUAAUGAAGCCGCCUUGGCUUUACAUGUGGCUGAGAGAAGAUUUCUGGAUUGUGGAUCGCUCUGUUGCCGCAGUCUGUGCACCCAGUUUGAAAUCACCGAAGUGUUAACUAUCUAUGUUUUUCAGCGGCUUUCGCCGGUUCAUAGGAGUCGGUGUUCUUGGUUUCAGCAAAAGAAUAACACAUGUACUCACUCCUUUCUGCAUCGUAAACCAGUUUAUGCUAAUGUCGUUGGGCGUUUGAGAGAAGAAGAGUCGAAAAACCCAGUGUCUAGAGCGAAACCCACACGGAUCCACAGAUACUGUAUGCCAAGUGUUUACAACGAACAGCGGUGCGCUCAUAAACGGAUAAGCGCGGGUAGGAAAAAGUUGCGAGAGCCACAGAGGCGAGAAUCGGUGCCGCGAAAUGCUGAACCACACGUCAAACGUUCUUAUGCCAUGUGGCAGAGACCCACCAAUGCCCACAAUAAGACGCACUCCGAACUUACGCGAGCUGUGCGGACACACAGGCAACGGACUUUCAAAUGUGAGGAAACGCUCGACACUUGCACAUCGGAGUGUUUUUUUGACGCAGUAGACCGAACUCACAUAGACAAACAUUCAGCGAAGAUUCUGGCGACGAAGUAAUCAAUUCUCCUGCAUAUCUGCUACGAAUUCGAAGCUCUGGUCAGUCAGCCCUCUCCAUGUGCGCAUGCAAUUUUGUUGUGGCUAACACUAUCUGCUGUUCUUUAAGACAAUGCACCGUUCAUAGGUUCGCUCGCCCUGUGAUCGCUGAAGUGUGUACACCCUGCAGAACUCAUGACGUGGACUCACAUUUUCUCCUCUGCCGAAAGCAGUGCCUCUCUUUCGAUAUACUUCCCUCGUGAAUUCUUCUUGGUGAUCUUCUGUUCUCCCCAUCUAUUUAAGCGCCGAAUCAUUUUCUAUUGCUGUCCAUGUUACUGUCCCCACCUUUGACUAUUGUUGAGCCCCCUCGACUUCUGUCACUGUUACCAUCAGUUUAACCUUGUGUCUACCGUAUCAUUUGAUUUCUGUAACGUACCCUCUCCGAUGAAUUUGCUUUCUUCCGCUUCAUCUGCAUUUCAACAAGUCCAGCUCAGGUCUCAUCAGAGUUCACUCAAUCCAUUUCUUUGGGUUCAUUAAAACACCCACAAUGUUACAAUCUGUGUCGCUAAGUUGUAGAUGAUAAUGAAACACACAAGGAUGCCUUUACGAAGAUAAUGGUUGAGCAU